AUGGCGGACAGCACUCCUCCGCCUAGUAAGAAGCAGCGUCGCAAGGAGAAGAAGGCUCGAUGGCUCGCUGAGCGGAAAGCUUUGGAAAUGACUAGUGGCAAUGGAUCGAUCCAACGAAAACGUCGAAAUCGACGCCAAAAUCGCACAAGUGUAAGUGUACGACCGUCCCCCACCGUCCACUAUCAAGUGUGCACGUCCACUACAUGUGCCAAUCGACUGGCAGGCAGGAAUUGCAUCAUUCGAAGCAUAGCUCCUUAUCUACAUUGUUUUGAAGUGUUUGUUAAAGGUCGUUGGACUGGCUGUUCAGUAGGUAAAGUGUUAAUGAACGAAUUCCCGACACUAUCGAGUGCCUAUUGUGCUCGAGUGGUGCAAUUGGGACUUUUUCGAGUGAAUGGAAGCAGAACGAGUCUUGACUCGGUCCUUCAGAGUGGAGAUUUCUUACAACAUUUCAAGCAUCGACAUGAACCAAGUCUUCAUGUACCAGUACAAGAGUUCUACAAUGUGGCAAAGGAGGCACCAGUGUCCACGACAUGGAUACACUUUGAAACAAACGAGAUGAUUGUUGUGAAUAAACCUUCAGGUGUUCCUGUGCAUCCGACUGGAAGGUUUCAAUAUAAUUCAUUGACGCACAUACUGCAGCAUGAUCGACGUGAAAGUGCUGGAGAAAACGAGAUUGAGACACGAAAACUGUUUCCAGUGCAUCGACUGGAUCGAUUGACAUCAGGGCUGUUACUGCUUGCCAAGACGGCCGAGAAGGCACGUAGUCUUAGUGCCGAGUUGACGGCCAAUGCAUCAAUGGAAAAGCCUGCAAGUCGCGUAAUGCAAAAGUACUAUGUGGCAAGAGUAAAGGGUGAGUUUCCAGAUGAGAAAGAUGGGUUUGAAAUGCUGCGCUCGAAACUUGUAACGAUUAAAACGGCGAGGGAUAACUUCUGGCGUGUUACAGCUUCGAUCGGACUGAAGUCUCCACGUCAAGGACAUGUGCGGUGUGUGACCGAGGCUGUUGACUCAAAGCCUUGUGUGACUUUGAUGCGUCGCCGCGGAAAAGCUGGAAAAAAUGAAAGUAUUGUCGAGUGUCUGCUUGUAACGGGGCGAACGCACCAGAUCCGAGUGCAUCUGCAGCAUUUAGGCUUUCCUAUUGUGAAUGACCCACUUUAUGGCUCUGUGCCAAAGGAGAAUGUUACCAAGUCUACCGUAGUAGUGCAAGCAUCGACUGAAUCCAAUGAAGGUGGUGACACCACAGAGUCUUUUACAGACAAUGAAGUCCAUGAACAGCAUUGUAUCAAUGCAUGUGAUGUUUGCACUGCUGAAAAAGAAGGAAUCUCACUGAUCGAGGAAGAAGACACCGUCUUAUGCUUACAUUCGUAUCGAUACGAAUCACCGACUUGGUCGUUUCAAGUGCCAUUACCACUCUGGGCACAGGACGAAUCCAUCACAUGA